AUGGCCGAUCUCGCCUCUGUUGAGCAGUGGAUCAUAGACACCGAAGUCAAACUUCGCACCCCCAUUGUCAACCUCGCCUCCUCCCAACCCUCCUCCUCCUCCCUCAACGCUACCCAGCCCCGCAAGCAGGCUCGGAACAACGGCAAAGGGGGAGGUGGGGGCAAGGGAGGUGGCGGUCAGGGCAACGGCAGCACAAACAGCCGUGGCGGCGCCACUGGGGAUGAGCAUGGCACCACUAAUUCGGGCGGAGCCUCUGCAGGCCGCGGAAGUCGUCCUGGCACUCUUCCGCCCUGCACCUAUGUCCGUCGCUAUGGUCCCCGGGCUGGAACACCCUGCGGGCAGACAAACCAUCCCCCUAGCACUUGCUUCAAGGCUCUCGAUGAUGCCUGGUACGUGCGGGGCAAUGUUGGCACUCCUCCCAAGUGGGGAACGAUCUCCCCACGUCCCUCCCUUGCCGACAUCCAAACCAACCCCGCUUACCUCCCUGCCCACCUCCGCCUCCUUGUUCCCCCCACACCGCUCCUCAAUCUCCAACAGCAGCACCUCCUGCAGCAGCACCAGCAGCAGCAGCAACAGCAGCAGCAGCAGCAGCUGUUUCAUCAGCAGCCACAGCAGCAGCAGCAGCCGCAACCCCAGCCGCACCCAUGGGGAACUGGACUCCUACCCCAGUGGGGACCCAGCCCUCCUCCUUGGCAGCAGCAGCAGCUGAAUUUUGGCACAGCUGCCAUAGCCGCUCAAGCCUCACCGUCCCCCCUUUGGGGUGCUCCACCCCCUAGUAGCACUGCCCCUCCUCUUACCCAGGAGAGCUUUCUUGGCAACAUUGCUGUCUCACCCUCACUUCCUUCCAUGUACCCAUCCACCCUCGAGGAUUCCCAUGAGGAGUUCACCAUGGUCCAGCGCCACACUCCCUCUCUCACCACGCUCUACCCUGGCCUCCUCGGCGCUCUAAUCCUUAGCGCGAUCUCCGCUCCCACCAUCUUCGUCCCCUCCACCUUCCAGGAGGCUAUCACAUGCGCUGACGCUGACAAGUGGAUAGCCGCCAUCUUCCUGGAAUCGGAGCCACAGAGGCAGCGCCUGGAGAGGGGCCUGCCGGGGUGCGUCUUGUAUGCGGACGACCGCCGCCUGAGUGCAUCCUCGCUAAGAGCUGCUGGCAGUGACUCGUUUGAAGCGCAUGGGCGCGAGUUCCCGUACUGGCUCGCCACCAAGCUCAUCAACCGGCACUCGCCCUGGCUGGCAGGCACCAUUUCUCUUGUUUCCCGCGCUCACCAUCACGCUGUGCGCUCCCGCUUCACUCCUUGCUCCGCUGCUCCCCUCCAUCCCCUCCCUGUUCCUGCAUGGGCCACCCACAGGGCGUAUGCGCAGCGCCACGGGUACCGCUUUGUGGAGAUGGGCGAGGCGGACAAGGACCCAGGCAGACACCCCUCGUGGUUCAAGGUGCCUCAUGGUUCAAGGUGCGCUUCCUACAGUGCCAGCUGUCCUCCUGCUGCAAGUGCGCUUAUCCUCUCAUCCUCCAUCCCCGCACCCCGCCUCCCUAACUCCCCGCCCCAGGUGCGUUUCUUACAGCGCCAGCUGUCUUGCUGCUGCAAGUGGGCAUUCUUCCUGGACUCAGACGCCUACUUCCGCAUGGACAACCACCGCCUGUCCAUUCAAAGCUGGGUGGAUCGACUGACUCUGCCUGUAAGUCCUGCCUGCGAGUCACAUGUUUUUUCUGCCUGCCACCUCAUGUGCAUCAAUCGCUCCCUUGCCUUCCUCGACUCAGAUGCCUACUUCCGAAUGGACAGCCACCGCCUGCCAAUCAAAAGCUGGGUGGAUCGACUGACUCUGCCGUCUCUUUCCUUGUUUCACUUUGGCGCUUCAAACAUUCUUCGCAUGGUCAACCACCGCCUCUCUGUGCACUGCUGGGUCGACCACCUCACCCUUCUCGUGGUGCAUGGCUGGAUGGGUGCAUGGCUGGAUGGGUGCAUGGCUGGAUUGGUGCAUGGCUGGAUGGGUGCAUGGCUGGAUGGGUGCAUGGCUGGAUGGGUGCAUGGCUGGAUGGGUGCAUGGCUGGAUGGGUGCAUGGCUGGAUGGGUGCAUGGCUGGAUGGGUGCUGAGCUGGAUGGGGCCAACUCUUCUCAUGCUCUACCAGAGCUCCUCCGUCUUCCAUUCUGUCUCCCACCAUUUCUCCCACCUUUCCACCCCUCUCACUCUUUCACCUCUUCUCCCCCUCCUCCACCCACCCCCCAGCACUACUUUGACUGGAUCGCCCGUGACUACAACAUCUCGCUGGCCAACCAGACCUGCUUCCCGCGCCCCCCCUCCUCCAUCUUCUCGCACUCACCUCCCGCCUGCCCCCCGUCACCUGUGGGGACUGGGCAGGGUGGGGGAGAAGGCGAGGCAGGAGAGGGGGGGCAUUGGGGAGGUGGAGGAGGGGGGGAGGGGGAGAGCCGGGCGGCGGUGUGUGUGGUGGCGCCGCGGAACGAUGAUGAGGCGUCGGGGAUGGCGGAGGGGCGGGCGGGGGCGCUGUUCAACGGCAGUAUGGAGUAUGUGAAUGCGGGGGUCACACUCUGGAGGCGCUCCCCGCACUGCCUCAAGAGCACACAAGCCUCGAGCCUGCCACUGACUCCCAACCUCCCCUUAUCCCCUCACUCAAUUAUCUCCCAUUCCCUCCGAUCCCCCACCCCGUUGUCUCCCGCCCCCUUCACAGUUGCUUGCCAACUGGCACACGGAGCCGGCGAGGCAGUACCUCCUGCUUGCCAGCUGGCACGAGGAGCCGGCCAGGCAGUACCUGUGGAGGCGCAACUGGGAGCAGCCGAGGCUCAACGUGCUGCUCGCUAUGCCGCAGCACGUUGCCGACGUGGCAGUGGUGCCCUUCCGGGAGCUGACCGGGCACUCGGGACGCGCCAUCCGGCACCGCUGGCUCAACUCCAUCAUGACUGA